AUGUCCACUCCCGAAUCCCCUGGCUCUGGAGCGGACCCUCGCUCUUCAGCCGAAGCACCCAGGCCCUCCAAGGAAGUACGAUCUAUUGGCGCCACUCAAGGAAAGAACCGCGAUAAAUGCCAUCUCUUUCUCCAGGCCUUCUGCGAACACUUGCUAUCCCAGCCACCCAAACUAGCCGAGACGGUCCGGAGACCGCAGGCUUUGUGGCAACACGACAAUUCGGAAAUUGCCCUCAUGGUUCAACACAUGCCCGGGGCUGCGUCAGAAGGAGGAUUCGAAUUGCCUCAGAACAUCGAUCCGCAGCAUCCUUUGCUGCUAGGCGACAAAUUAGACGGCAAAGCUGGGAUUUUGUUUCGGCUUGCUGAAAAGGGUACCAACGCCGCGGCGAUCUGGGAGGAACACAAGGUUAUGUUCCGAUACAUUGAAUGCGUAAAGUCCGACAUAAACACCUCAGGGGAGCACGAAUUGGUCUAUGACUUACUAGAGUACACGGACUCGCCUUCGGGACCGAAGCACGAUUCUAGGAUGGAAUCGGAGAACUCGUAUUUUCCAGUUUUGAAGUUCUGA